AAUUUACAUUUAGAAAUGAGAAUGGUCAAGGAAAGGACGUGGAAGCUACCGAAUACCACGAACAUUUUCAGACAGAAACUGCCCUAUUUUGCAUUAAUUUCUCGAACAUACUGUAAAUUUGACACAGUGUCUGGUUGAGUACUGGUUAUGGAAGGUCAGAAAAGGGUGUCUUUUGGAACGGAAAGCGUGGAAGGAGACGACGAAAGAACGGAAAACGAGCGCAGCCCUGACGUUAGUCCCAUAACGCAGUGCAAGUGGCCGCGGACCGCAAGCGGAGGAUUUGGGAGGCAUCACACGGUGGUCAACAGCGGAGGCAGCGGUACCGAUCUAUCACGUCGCGCACCCCGCACACGGAAUAGACCCAACCACAGGCGGAGCAGCAGCGCUAGCGGAUCGGAGACGGGACAGCCGCAAGAGAACCAAGAGAUGGCGCCAUCCAUCGAGCCUAGUAACGACAACCAAUCUGGGGGAUCACCUCAACAAGCUCGAGAGAAUGUCAAGAACGGAGGGGCCCCUCACCACAAGGCAGACGAGAACCUCAGACGCAGGCGGAGGAAUAAUCGCAAGAGGAGCCAUCGGAAGUGGAAACCUUAUUCAAGGUUGACCUGGGAGGAGAGGAAGGAACUGGACGAGCUUGAGAGUAAGCGAGCCACCAAGAAGCGAGCCAACCGGCCAACUCCAUACAACACAACGCAGUUCCUGAUGGAAGAUCAUAAAGUUGACACACCAGACUUGAGUGCAGGGGGUAAUCACAUUCCAGGGGACUCAUCCGAUGAGCUUUUCGAUGAGAAUGACGACAUACGGGAUGGGGAUUUCUUGGAAAGGGAAUUUUCAGCAAUGUACGAUGAAGUACAGUCGGAACGCUUGCAGUCAAUGUCCAAGGAACAGUUGGUCUCUGAAGUGCUGACUCUGUCAAAGCGAGUUAAUGAGCUUGAGGAAACACGGCAAGCAUCAGAUGGAGAGCAGAUGAAUGGACAUUCCAUCUCAAAAGAUGCCUUUUUGCUUAGAGCGAGGCUCGAGAGUCUCGAUGACUUGGAACAUGAAGUGCAACGAUUACGUGAAGAGAACUCAGUCCUCAAAAAGGCAAAUCACUCUCAAGGACUUGCAGAAUCCAGUUAAUUUUGUUUUUUAUGUAGGGCAUUGAACAUUUUAUUCCCACCCAGUUGGAUAAACUGAAACUGUAACAUUUAAUCAAUUAACAAAGGUCAGUUAAAGUGGUGGCCAAACAUUAAACUGAAACAUCACAUAGUAUAUUGCAAUACACAUUCCACCUAAAAUGAUUUGAAAAUCUGUAGUAGAUUGGGAUCUUAUUCAUCUGUCAUGUCCGAUAAGAUGGAUGAACAGACAUUGCAGAUGUCCCCGUGAUAGGAGUCCCAAAUAUGCACUGGUCUCAUUUUUACCACAGUAACUGUGUGGGUCAAAUUGUGGUUUGAUGAACCUGUUUGCCUGUCAUGUCUGUCCCCAAAACUGCCCCACUGAUAAGUUCUGCUAAUGAAGAUCCAAAACCAAAGCACGCUUGUCACGCCCCAACUAUACAUGUAGCAUCUGUCCCAACUAUAGUUUGGACAAUCCCAACUGUAGUGCUGCAGUUGGGCCGGCCCAACUAUUGUUGACCAAUUUCUAUUGAAAAUUAACAACCUUAUCUAGGUCUGUGAACCUUGCACUAGACACAGUUCAUUGUGAACAAUAUGAAUUUGGCACAUACGAGGCACAUGCACUCUGGACCUCUGUGCAGCAGUUGGGCGGGCCCAGCUAUAGUUGGGACUGAUGCUGUAGUUGGGGUGUAACACACUCAUAGUGGCAAUGCAAUUUUAGGAUAAAGUGGAUUAACAGUGUUUUUUGUCAAGAAUUUGAGGACCAAGAAUGAACAAGGAAAUAGAGUUGAAUCAUUAACACAGAUUUUUAUGCCUUUUACAGAUCGCCCAUUUUUCUUACAAGCUUUUGAAGCUUCAGUUCACAUUUGACAUUUCACUUACAGUAAGGAGGUUUUUCUUUGUAGCAAAUUAUAAGAACAUGGAAGAUGAAAUGUUCGAAAAGAAAAGCAUAGAAAGCAUCUACCGCUGAAUGCUAAGUGUUUGACCCCAAAUUUGUUUUAAAAUAAUGAAAAUAAAUUAACCCCUAUUUGUCAUGCAUUGUCACGAGACAAAUAACUUUAUUGAAAGAGUUGCGCAAUACACGUUCCUUUACGAGGAAAUGAGUACAUGUACUUGUAGGAGUUAACCACGGACUACCGUGCUGUGAUGUAAUUUUAAAUUUUGGCUUUAAUUGAUGGACACAAAAGUUGAAAAUAAAAGACAGUAAGAACAGAUUUGUAUUCAGCCCCAAAAUGCCUUGAAUUUCAUUAUCACGUUUUUGAUACUAGUAUUCGCAGGAAAGAAGAGGAAAUGUUGUAUUCAACUGUUGAUGAAAUUAUUUGAAUUCAAACGGAAGUCAAUAUGAAAUACAAAAUGAAACUUACUGGCUUUGCUCAACUGAUUGUGUUCAGAGACAAUGUGUAGCUGUAAUUCUGGACCAGGGAGACCUUUCGGAAUGCAUUUUUAAGAUAAUGUUUGAAUUGUGAAUUUGAGCCUGUGGGGAAGAGGGAUAGAGGCUUUGACAUCCAGUAUGCUGCUUGUUUGUAUUUUUGUUAAAUCUCAUGCCGACAGAUAUUUUCCUGUCCAUGGCUAAAAUCGAACUUGUCAGUUGGCAUGUACAUUUACAUCCCGUUUCAUAUAUAUGUGUGCUCCAUUGAGAAUUGAAAGAGAACCUGACAUUCUCUGAUGUGUACCCAAGUAAUGUCAUCCUGAACAAAAGCCGCGUGAGGCAUGUUUGGAAUUUGUUGGGGUCAUACAACAGUGCUGUGGUGAAAUUUCAUCCAUUGUCCACUGCAUGGAUUUGGCUCUAAUCUGGGCUAUGUCGUGUCGCAGUAAAGAGAAAUUACAAGAUCCACAUGAAUUUGCCGCUGAGUUCAGAUGUCUUCACUUUGAAAAGAGUGUGUUUUCACAAACAUUUACGUGUAUUUAGGAUGUGAAGCAAGAAGAAUUGAAGACAAAAUAAUAGAGCUCGCUUAGGUCUUGGCCCCAUCCACCUUUUAAACUUACCAUUUUUGUAGUUAAACCCUAAAGUGAAGCAGGAAUGGACCAAGGGCUGUGUAUUUGGGGUUAAUUUCCCCUCUCAUGUUGCCCUUUUGGUUCAGAGACUGAAGAGACUGCUGCUUAUUAGGGUAAUGACUGUCAACAGCUGUGUUGCUAUAUUUGGAUUACAUCUCCAUGUGGCAUAGAGAGGCAGCUGGGUUUAAGCUCCGGGAAAUCCAAUCAGAAAACCAAGGGCGGAUCCCUCAGCAAAACUAAACCCCAAUUAAGCCAAAGCCAGGAUGGACAGGCAGCCUUCUGUAAAUUUACAAUCUAGAGACUCUGCUCGCAGCUCGGGCAGAUUCAUUUGAUCGAUGCUUACUCUGGUAGACUUUGUUCCAUCAUUGCUGGGUGGUCAUCUUUCUAGGUGUAGGUUAAGUUAUGUCAUCCCAAGCAUAGGGGGUUAACAGUUCAUAAGAUCUGUGUGUGUGACAAAGUUGUCUACUCCCCCUUCACCAUGUGGCCAUGAGGCAUUUUUCUGAAAAACUUUAUGAAUGUUAAUGAUCAAUCAAAUAUGAUUUAUUAUAAUGCAUUCUGAAAGCUGCCAUUACCAAUUACAAAUAGUUUGGUAAAUGUUUUUAUUACUUGUUGAAUUCUGUAUAUUUCUGGUUACAAAAAUUAGAACGCAUACAUUUUUAACUUGUAUGAAAAAGUGAAGAAUUUUGGAUACUUUUCUAUUUUUGUGGAAGGUAUUUUUCAAAAAAAGUCAAACGUUUUAAAAAAAGUUAAAUUGGGCAUUUAUAGUGAACAAAGAUAGUUCACACAAAUAGUAUUAUUCUUCCAUGGAAGAAACUGUUACGAAAAAGAUUGAUAUAUUUUGGUGCUAUAUAGCCUUUUAUUUAAAUGAAAAAAAAAUAAUACCUUCUUUUAAAGGGAACCUGAUUAGGAAAAUAUUGGCAAAUAUCCAAAAUUCUUUACUCGUGCACAUCAUUCUGAAAUGUUUACGCCCCCAUUGAUUGGAUGGGGACAAGGUCUGACUGUGAAGAUAGGUCCAAUAUAUGCGAAUCUUCAGGGACCAUCUACAAUUGCCAGAUCACAAUACUGUCAGUGCAGAGCCAAUACACUUGUCAAGAAGAUGUGUGCAUGGAAUUGUUUGCAGAUGUAUUGAUCUUAGAAUGUGUCACUGGAAUGGAAAGUCAUUGGCUGUACCCAGUGUUAUUUUAUGGCAUUUGAAGGAAUAAAAUACCUUUAUAUGUACAUACAUGUGCAUCUACAUGACAAGUACAUGCAUGUGGGAUCAUGUACAUGUAUGUGUAUAUUCGCUCAUCAGAGUAAUCCGGUAUCUUAGAUCAUGGCUCAUGGUUGCCCUAAUUGCCUGUGCACCAGUGUGGAUUUCGGGAUUCAACGAAAAGAUGUAGUUCCACUUAAGUCUCAGGUAUUGCCUUGACUUCGCCUCUCACGUCCCCCCCUCCCCACCCCAUCAUUGAAAUGGAUAGAUGUGAUUGGAUGUGAUUCUCAUUUUAUUACAACAUCUCUGCAUUAGUUAAUAAAACUGUUUCCCAUGGAUCUACAUGUACAUUGCUGUCACUUUUUGGGGGUGGGGUGGGGCAUAUACCAAUUAUUAUGUCCUUGUGAAUUGAGAAAAUUUACAGAGAAUGUUUUACCUCUCCCCAAAUGAGGGUCCACUUCAGAAUCAAAAUUGCAUUGUUUACACGGCAGCAGUAUGUGAAAGGACAUUAUCUUUUGACUUUAAGAAAAAGAUUUACUCGGUCAACUUUUCUCCAGAACCAUAUCUUUGCAUUCUUCAUCUGUCGUGUAUGGAGAAAGAGAUAGCCUUGUCAAUCGUCUGUAAUCACUCACGAGAGAGGGAUAUUGUCACAAAUAAUAUUUUCAUUUUCCCAAUGUUAAAAUACAAAAUGACCAUUUAAUACAUGAACUUAUGUAAACAAUUCUAAAUCGAUAAUCUGUGUAGAACCAUGCUUUCCUUGGUUAUUAAGUACUAUAAAAACUUGCCGGUUUUAUUUUACCCCACGAAAAUUCAAUAUUGUUUUAUCAAAGCUUAUUGAUAGUUUGACGGAUAAGGGCAUUGAUCCGACUGAAUAUCAAUCAACACCGAUAAUGUUGUUAUUUCA